CUAGUUGUCUGAAAUUAGGCCACAUUCUUUUUCCAUCUUUUCAGGCCUUACUCUUUAAACUUUGGGCGGCCGAAAUUAGAGCGAGAGAGAAUUAGAAAGAGAGGGAGGCAACAGGAGAGUGAAAGACAAGUUCUUGUUUCUUCCAAGCUUUCAUCCAUUUUAUCCAUUCAAUCUUCGAUCCUUCAGCGAACUGAAACCAAUACAGCACAAGGCACCGUAGAUAUGAAGUUUCAUAAAAUCUAAGCGAAGUCGGGCUGUGACAGCUAAAGCAAUGGCCACAAUUCUGCCAAUUCCUAUUCAGCGCUUCAGCAGCAGAGCUACAUCUUCUCCCUCCAAAAAUGGCGAAAUCAGCAUAUUUUUUAGCUCUGUUUUGAAUUCAAAGUCUGCUCGCAAUAGAUUGAAGGUGAGAGCGGUGGAGGAGAAGAUUGAGGAAAUGAAGACUCCUUCAUCUGCAGAUGAAAUCACCAAGAAAUAUGGGCUUGAAGCUGGUUUGUGGAAGAUAUUUUCGUCAAAAGAAGGAGGUGAGAAGAAAUCAAAAGGUGAUGAAGCAAAGGAGCUGUUGGCAAAAUAUGGAGGGGCAUAUUUGGCAACUUCGAUAACCCUUUCAUUGAUCUCAUUUGGGCUAUGUUAUGCGUUGAUCAAUGCUGGUGUGGAUGUACCAGCCUUGCUGCAGAAGGUACUAGUAUUUUUAAACUUGUUUGUGGUUUGUUUGUUUGAUCUAAUGGUGGUGUUGCAGGUGGGAAUCUCUGCCGAUGCAACGGGGGAAAAGGUGGGGACGCUUGCAUUGGCUUACGCAGCGCACAAAGCAGCGUCGCCGAUCAGAUUCCCGCCGACGGUUGCGCUGACGCCGGUUGUCGCUGGUUGGAUCAGCAAGAAAGUUGAUGGGGAGAAGUGAGUGUGGAUUGUGGGCUUAGUUUUCUUGCAACAACAUGUAAUUGAUGGAUAUUAGAAUAGAGAUAGUUAGUGGAUCACUUAGUUUACUUGCAACAACACCAUGUAAUUGAUGGAUAUUUGAAUAAAGAUGGUUGUUACUCAAAA